AUGGUCGUCAAGCAAAGAGGUGUGGCAGCUCGCGUCGCGUCUAGCAAGUGGCGCUACCUUUUCUUGUCCAGCGUUCUGUUACUCCGCCUGUCUCGCCCCGUCCACCCGUCAUUCCCGCCUUUCCGCCUUUCCCGCCGGUUUCACUACCUACAUUCCCUCAUGGCGACGCUGUCAAGGUCGUUCCCCACCAGCCAGUGUCAAUGGAUGAAAGACCUGAUGGAUUCCGUCAUCAUUCACGUUGACGGCGGACGUUCCUCACUACUACUGGAGAAUAUGCUGGCCGAGCAGCACGAUUCCGCGUGUCAGGAUUCCGAGAGGACGUCCAGUCGUGCCAAUGAGAGCAGUGCGGCGGACAAGCAGCCGUCGCAGUGGAGGGAGCCGUCGCAUGGCAACGACCCAGGGGCGUGCAACUUUGCGCCGUUCAUCUCGUUCAGAUCCUCGUUAUUGCCCGGUCGUUCGUUUUUUCCGGAUGCUUCCGGCGUUCCCCAUCUCACAACUCCGCCUCUCGACUUCCCCUGUCCUGGCAGCUUCCCCCUUCUCACGUACCCCCCGGCGUCUCGCGUGUGUGAGGCCAGGCAGCGGGAGGAGCCGAGCGAGUCGAACAGCAACAAGGCCAAUCGGGAGAAGAUGCGCCGCGACCGACUCAACGACAGGUUUGAGGAGUUGGCGCGGGCGCUGAAGCAUAGUAAGCUGGCGCGCGCGGACAGGGGGAGCAUUUUGGUGGACGCCGUGCGCGUGCUGGUGCAGCUGCGGGCGGAGAUGAGCCACCUGAGGGGCUCGGCGGAGCACAUGAGGGAGCAGAUCCAAGAGCUCAAGGCGGAGAAGAGCGAGCUGAGGGAGGAGAGGGCGCGCCUGCUGGCCAGCAAGCAGCAGCUGGAAGACGAGGUCCGCCGCUUGGCAGCAUCCGGUGCCGCCCAAUCCACUGCCGCCACGUCAGCAGCAACAACACCAGUGGUUUCUUCAGCCGCCCGGCCGACUGCUGCUGUUUCUCCUCCUCUUGGGUUUGCUCCUUGUGCUCCGGGUUCUCCUGGCUCGCCUGGAGCGGUGCCGUUGAUGCUGCAUGCAGUGUGUGACCCGGGCAAGCUGCCUCCAAUGGGAGAGCGAGCUGGCGCGCACGAACAGGGGGAGCAAUGGAGCAUUCUGGCGCAGCUGAGGGCGGACGUGGUGGGAGCAGCUGAUGAAGGAGGAGAGGGGUCGCGUCGAGGAGCAGAAGGAGCAGAUGCGCGAGCUCAAGGUGGAGAAGAGUGA